AUGGCGAUGUCGAAAAUUGGAUUACUUUUUGAUGAUGAGAGGACGCAUGUUCUAAUACCGAAUAUUCGAAUAUAUCCGUUGCACCAAACCUUCAUCGGCAAAGCAGCUAGCUUAUCAAUUAUGGAAUUGCUAGUGUUAACGGAUUCCAUUAAAAUACAAGUGAGGUCUGAGUACAACUUCUCAUAG